AGCAAAAAAAACAGAAAUUAAACAAUAAGAAUAUCUACAUAGGAAGAAUUUUUUAUUGAAAUGACUUCAUAGAAGUAUCUAUGUGUUCAAAAAUAAACGAUUUUGAUAGGCAGAACAUGUAUUGCUAUAUAUAAAACGAUUCCCCAGUACGUGGACUUAAUUAACAAUUUGAAUGAAAUAAUGCCCUUUCUCAUUGACUAUUAUCUAUGAUUUUCAAACCAAUGUGAAAGUUUUAGAUUUACCAUAGUUCAAAUAAAGUAAUUGCAGAAAGCAUUUCGAUAAUUUGUUGAAAAAAGAUGAUCUUUUUGAAAAUCAUAGAUAAUAGUCAUUAAGAAAAGAAGACAUCUGUUUCAAAAAUUUAAUCAAGUCAGUAUAUAUUGGAAAAUCGUUUUAUGAAUCUGUCUUAAUUAAAUAUAUCAUGCUUACAUGGUUUUGACAUACAAGUAUAUAAUUCAAGAGAACUCCUUAAGAGUGUACUUCUUGUGUGUUUCAACACAAAUGAAACGUCUUGGAAAACUUAUGUCAAUGAUACUAAAAAUUAUAUUAUCAGAAAUGGGUUUAAGUGCGCUUCUUUAAAAGUAUCAGACCACAUUUAGUUUUUGUGGCAAAUUAAAGUGACUUAACAAGGAUGACGUCACACAAUCGCAGAUGUGCAUUUAAAAAUAUGACUGGAAACAGCUCUCCUUUCUAUCUUGUAUAAUGACUUGCCCAUUUGCAUAGUUGGCACACAGUGACCAUUUAUUUCAUACUUUUAAAUAGAACAAACCAAAAGAAAGUAUAAAUCGAAUUUUUAAUCAUAUUCAAUUAGUGGGGAUUCAAUAAUUACAUAUUCAUGGACAUAUAUCAUUUCAAAUACUCAAUUUGUUACAAUUUAAGUGUGAAUUUUAACCAGAUAAUUUGAAAUUACGCGCGAACUCAAAGAACAUAAACAAAUGGAUUGACUUGAUGGCUGCCUCAGAGCAAUUAAGUUAUCCGAAACAGUUGCAUUCAUUUGGGCAUCGCCUUGCUUGAAAGAAUAGAAUAGAAUGUAUUCAACGUGAAAUUUACAUAAUCAACAUUAUCUAAAUUUACCGGACUAGUCAAAAAAAAUCCGCACUGAAUCAUGUUCAAUGAAACUUCAUUUGUUCACAAUGAGGUAAUCAAGUGCCAUAAAAAAUAACACCUUUCAGUUCUGAUCUGACAGAUUAAGUAAAUUUGAAAAUACAACAAUAACAACAAGUAACCAAUCCUAUUUCAAUUUGAUUCAGCUGAUGAUCCGUCCAAAUUGUAAAAAAAUAUUAAGAUAUAAGUAAUUUCGGUCAUCUGAUGAUGCUAUUCGGUUAUAAAAUUGGAAAUGCGUUUUUCAUAGAUUGAAAAUUUAUGUUGCUUUCAUUUCUUUUUUCUCAAAUUUGAUGAUUUGAAUAUUUUAUCGGCUACUCAUUAUUAUGCCGAAAAAUCAACAUAAAAAAUUAUUUUGACCUGCGAUUCCAUUCUGAGGUUAUUAGGAAUCCACGUUCAUUAUUCAAAAAAAGUUAGUUCAGAGAAAAAAAGAAAUUCAUUAUCCAGAACUAAGCCAAAAGGUAAAACAAUAGAAAGUGAUGUCAGCUGCCUAUUAUAUUUUUGUGAUUUAUUGCGCUUCAUUUUGUGAAAAUAUUUCCUUAUACCUACUUAUCAGUUCUAAAAUAUAAAAUUGAUACAAAAAUGUUCCACAAAUUCACAACUGAACAUAUAAAUAUGUUUCAUAUUCAUUGAAUCAGCUGUUUACCAUUUGAUGUCGCCAUACUGCGCCCUCGUCAAUGCAAAUUUUUCCCUAUUGAACUCUAAUCCACUCACCAUUAUCAUAUUCUGUGACAGAUCAUGGUGAAAUCACUUCAACUUCUAUGUAAAAUAUUUUGACGAUAACACUCGAUCUAAAGCACUCUUGAUUUUUCAUAAAAUUAAGAGAUCCAACGUACUUCGGCAUCCUAUUCACAGACAUGAAAAUCGCACAUCAAUGCUUAUAUUUGGAAAUGAUUCUUGUUUCACCUAUCAAUAUGUGUAGAAAGUUGGGACAAUCUCAUUUCUCAAGUAGAGAGUUUUUGACAAAAUAAAAGUGAAUCUGUUUCUAUGCAUCUUUGCAUAGACAUAACCACUCACUAGUCACUACCCACCACACCUCCACAGAACAAAGAGAUAAUGAGGCUAUUGCAAUUUAUUUUUUGAAAAUUUUGAAAUAACAGUUAAAAUUAUCUAUUUUUAGUGUUAACAUUAGAAGACAAACACAAACUGGAUAAAGCAAUGUCUGUUUUAUUUUUAUUAAACGCGGUUUCGAAAUAUAUGUAUUAAUAACCAAACAAAAUUUUAGACAUGUUAUUUCCGUUUUUUAAACAUUUUUUUUCGUAAUAAUGACUGAAUGUAUAUUAUUAUCAAUUAUCAUCUGAAUAUUAACUACCUAAAGAACGUCAGAGCCAGUAGUAGAUAAUGAUAUGUUGUUUUGUGGUUUAUAAAAAGAAUAGAAAUUUCUUUUUAUUGCGGAAAUAAUGAAACCAUUGACGUAAAUGAUAGUCGUUGAUGUAGACGUGAUGUAAUAAACAUCUUGUUCAAUUUGGUAAAACUCUAUAAAUAGGUAUUUUUAUGUGGCAACUUUAUCUCCAAGACGCAGAGCAAUUUCAAAUACUGGACAAGACUGUGGAACUAAUCAAUAACCCUUUUUUCGAAUGCGUGCGCAUUUGGGAUAAACGAAAAUUGCUUCCAUAGUAGAAGUGUAGUAAACAUUAAAGGAAAUUAAAUUGUACAUAAUCCAGAGAUAAUGAGUGUUCAGUGUAGCAAAAAUAAUCUACUUACCAUCUCGACAUCUACUCAAAUGCUAUUAAUUACUUUUAAGUAGAUACACGAAAUUUAUCACUAAAUUAGUAGAUUUUAAUUACAAUUUAGAAUUUACUUCUAAUUAUGGGUUCCACAACAAUACCCGUUCUACUAGUCACGGCAAAUGUUGGAUCAAUUUUCGAGGAUCCCACUGAAAUGCUUAAAAUUUGGACAGAAGAAUUCCUUUCGACAGUGUCGAAACUGGACCCAAAAUUUAUAGCUUUACAUUGCCAAGAAGUUGGCGGUAAAAAUUAUGAACUCAGCAUGAGGCAUGUUGAGUAUUUCGUCAAGUUGCUUAUGUCAAGUAACGAAUUACGCUUAUUCGAUAAAGUCAGGGUAUUCUUAGACGAAGACUAUAGUUCCGCUGAAAAUUUUACAGCCUUGGGAAAUUUGUAUUUUGUACAUCAUUCCUUAGAUAAUAUUUUGAUAUGGGAUUUCAAAGACUCAAUAUUUAUACCGGUACAGGGUAAAGAAAUUCAUUCAGGCAACAUAGAAGCUGUCGUAACUAAAGAGAAGUCAAAAUUUCCACAAGAUUUCUUUCCAGAAUGUAAGUGGUCUCGAAAGGGUUUCAUGAGAACCAGGUGGUCACUGAAUGGAACAGUACUAGACUUGGUGAAUAUCCAUUUGUUCCAUGAUGCUUCCAAUUUCAUUGCGAUGGAGUCUUUUCCCUCAGUUUACUGUAGAAACAGGCGGCGGGCGCUACAGCACACCCUUCAGAGAUUCCACGAUGAUGCCUACGAGAACGUACCGUACUUCCUAUUUGGAGAUUUCAAUUUCAGAACUGAUACUGACGGGGUAGUGAAGAAAUUGACUGAUGGACUGAAGACUACGAGGGUGCAAAAUAAUAAAAAUAAUGAGUUCAUGAAGCUGCAGUUCACAACUGAUGAUAGCAAACUAGUAUUGACUGUGGGAAAGAAAGAAUUCAACCAUUCCGAUCACCAGGCCGUAUUCCUAAAUCCCACUACCGAAUGGCUGAAAUCAUUUGACAAGGAACUGGAAGCUUUUGAAGAUACCCUAACUGAAUACCCAGUGACUUUCCCUCCAUCUUAUCCAUUCGAAGAAAAUAUUUGCCACGCGACGAGCUACAUGCAAACGAGGUGUCCGGCAUGGUGUGACAGGGUGUUGAUGAGCAAGACUGCCAAAGAGUUGGUGGACAAGGAGUCCAUAGUGGAUUACGGACUGAUGGGUGGGAAAACGUGCAUGGGGGAUCACAAGCCGGUCUACCUGCGGUUGGAGGUGAAGCAGAACUCAGGUAUAAUUAAUUGUUGUGAUCACGCACCUUUAGCUUGCUUGCCUGAAAAAUGCCAGUGUUGCCAAUCGUUUGCUUCCAUAAAAAUAAACAUAAUCGACAUGUGCGAUCACUUAGCAAACACGAAAAGUAGUUUUGCGAACACCUCAAUAGAUUCUAAGCUGUUGCACGAACCCAUCACCAGGGACAUGCUCUCGCACGAUCCUUACACCCCAGAGAGCAUAGAUUCGCGCUUGCAUUCGCCUAGCUCGGAGCAAGUGGACUUGGAUGAUGACAAGGAGGAGAUCAGAAGAGGUUCUGUGUCGCCAGCUCAGUUGAAGAACAGGCUGGAGGAUAUAAUAAGGUCAGAGUUAGAGAAGACCCCGAAGGUUAUUAGGAGAUCAGCUUCUGAAACAGUCAACGUCGUCCAGACUAACAACUGCUUCUUUCGGGACAGGUCCAAGUCGGAGGUGCCGAAUUCUGCCUCUCGAGCUAGACUGAAGCUCGCUCAACCUACGAACAAAGGCUCUCUUCAGAGGCUGCAGAGCCACCACAGCUCUUCCGACGAGGAUUGGUACGAUUUCGAAAGCGAAUUGCCGGCCAAAUGCCUGGAGAAUUGUAUCGAGUGCUCGGAAAAGGUGUCGGAAGACACGACGACGGACGUUCAUAUUUUUAGUGACGACAAACCGAAAAAACGGCCGAUAGAGAAUAUUCGACGACCUCGCCAUAAACUGAAUUGUUGUUCUGUGGUGUGAUUUUUUUUUGUUUUGUACAGAUUUAAGUUUUUUGAUUUU